ACGCGAAUCCGCGACACCGAGAGCUGGCUAGUAGGUGUAGACUGUAGAUCGAAGGCGAGGCAUCGCGAGACUGCGAGUGUAGGUACACACUACUAGUACUCCCAUAGUACCAUCCCAGUGUCAGUGGCGGGGAAGAGAGAAAGAGAAGGAGCUAUAUAGAAAUUACCAAGUCGUCGAGUCGAACAUGAGCUGACUUGAGUGUCUCGCGUUGUUAGUAGCGCGCGGGUCGAGAUCCGAUACGCAGUGUGCGCCAAGUGUAUUGCUAGUGCGUGUGUGAUCUCUCUUGUAAGCAGGAACAAGAUUACAAUCAAGUCCAAAGGACGGGGAUUCCGCCCCUCCGACGACACUGCGCGUCUCGUAAUCAUCAUCUCGCGUCAGCUGAGUUGUUUUGUGCGCGUAUGCGCGAGUGUGUACCAGCUAGUGAAUCGCGUUAUCAUCUCUAAUACGCAGCAGCAGCAGCUAGUGUCAUCGAAAGGAUGCUGCUGAUGCCUGGGUUUUCCCCGCCAAGAUGAUACGGGAGAAAGGAAAGCAGGGCUACAUACUCCAAUAAUCCACGGGGGAAUACCUGGCCCUGUGCACAACACUCGCAGCUAUAUUUGUACUCUCUCUCUCUCUCUCUCUCUCUCUCUCUCUCUCUCUCUCUCUCUCUCCCUCUCUCUCUCUCUCUCUCUCUGACAGUCCGAGCGGAACAAUAGAAAGAGUGUGUUUGUGUAUACACGAGUAAAGUCUCGCUUUCUGCGCUGCUCUCCACGUCGUCGUCUAUCAUUCCGCGAGGAGGAGACCUUUCGCCACUGCUCGUCGAGACGGACUGGCUCGAUGGCUCUCCGUAUGAUGUCAGCAAUAGUGCCAGGCGCGCACAAUCUCAAUAACGAUAGCAGCAGCACCCACAUCGUCGAUCACGAAGCGGACAGGCAGAGGCUGCAGAAAGAGUUGCUCGCCGCGGCGAAGCUGUGCCACGUUCGAUUCGGCGGCAAGGCGGAAUUGGCCACCGAAUCCGACGCCUGUGUCACGCAGCUCUGCUACACGUUCGAGAGGAUAUUCACCCACGGAUUGAAGCCCAGGAAUACGGAGAAGUUGCAGAGCGCCCUCAGGCAUGUGUCGGAGCUGGUCAAGUCGGGAGGCUGCAGAGCCGCGGCCGACGCGGAGGCGUUCUGGCCGUGUGUGCGCGAGCAGCUGACUUGGCACGAGCAGGAGCGCUUCAGCGUGUUGCGCAAAGUCCAGACGGAUCAGGGCCGAGGCCGGGCCUGGUUGCGCGCCGCCCUCAACGAGAGAUCCCUCGAGCGGCAUCUCCACUCCAUCGUCAGUCCCGAGGCCAUCGAGGCCUACUACGAGCCCUGGGCCUUUCUCCUGGAUCAGGACAAGUCCUCGCUGCUGCCAAAUGUCGCCGCUGGCCUGACGACGAUACUCUUCGCCAUAAGAAUAGAUAAUCCAGAGCUGGACGACAGCUGCGAGCAGGCCAAGCUCGCGCGCGCUCAGAACUCACAUUCCGAACCGAUAAUUGCGCCUCCAGAGCCCUCGACGUCGAGACAAAAGACGCGGAAGAAGGUCCAGACGCACAUAAUAUCGUUCGACGACCAAGACGACGAGGCGAGCGUCAAAUUCGACAAAUUGGCAGUUAGUGCGGUGUCGACGAGCGCGCCGCCCACCUGCUUGAACUCGCCGAAUGCAAUCUCCGCCAAAGACUCGUCUCCGGUCCCGUCUCCCACCACCUCGUCUUCGUCCUCCUCCAGGCUGCAGCUACGCUCCGGGACCGAUGACGUCGUUCUAGACGUCAAGCCCAUCAGCUGGGCCGAGAGGGAAACGUACGAGGAGGAGAGGCUUUUAACUCCACUGACUGAUACAGAGAAUAUGGGUGGCCUCGUACCUGUAUCGCCCCUAGACAACGCUCUCGAUGAUAUGUUAGUUAGCUUACCAAAUUAUUUAGAAGAUAGUGACUCGACGGAGGCUGCGGUCGAAGCUACCGAGCCACUUGCCAAUGCACACGCCGACGCCGAUACGCUGGACGUCGAAGGUCUGCGUGUGAGGCUUUUAGCGCUAAAUGAACUUUUAGAGCAGGCACGCGAAGAUGCCAUCACGAGUAAGCUGCAAUUGGCUCGUUUUCAAAGGCAACACCAAAAUUACCUUGAGAAACACGAGCUACAAAUUCAAACGCUCAACAGAGAAAAUGAAUUACUGCGACAGCAAUUACGGAAAUAUGUCACUGCGGUGCAGAUGCUCAAGAAGGAUUCGGAUGCAAAUAACGUGAAUGAGGAAAAUGGCUCUUUGGAUUAUCACAAAGAAUCUCAAGAAUAUCAAAGUAAAUUGGUUCAAGUUGCCGAGAUGCAUGCUGAAUUGAUGGAGUUUAAUGCCAGAUUAACCAUGCAACUCACAAACAAGGAUAGAUUAGUGAAAAUGCUCCGAGCAGAAUUGGAAUGUCUUCGAGGUCCAAUCAAUGAAGAAGACAUGCCGACGGAAGCGCCUUGCCUAAUCCACAUAUGGAUACCCUCUGCAUUUCUUACAGGCCAGCCGUCGGAUAUUCAUCACGUGUAUCAGAUAUACGUUCGCAUAAGAGAUACUGAGUGGAAUAUAUACAGACGAUACGCACAAUUUUAUUCGCUCUACAGGGAGCUCAAGAAACAUGACGCUAUUGUUACGUCAUUUGAAUUUCCUCCAAAGAAAACUAUCGGAAAUAAGGAUGCUAAAUUCGUGGAAGAAAGAAGGCAAAAAUUGCAACAAUGGCUGAGGCGGAUUGUUAAUAGACUGUCUCAUUGUUCACCCGUAUUCUCGUCUCGUCCGAGCAAACAAACUCUCAUUGUAUUGAUGCCUUUUUUCGGGGAUUUUCCGAAUAACGAGGAAGCCAAACGAAAUAGUUCUGCCAGAAAUGCAUACUCAUCAUCACCACAAUAUAUGGGUUUAUGAAUUAUAUUUUUAGAUAAAUUGUAAAUAUUAAACUAAAUAUUGUUGAUGUAAAUAUGUUUCUGUAAACGUUACGCGCUCAAGGGAGAUGAGCAAACAAACUAGUAGUUGAACAAGUGUGUUUUUGCCUAGAAAAUUUGAAAUCUCAACUUUUUUAAAUUUUUUAAUAAUGCUAUGAUUUACAAGAAAGAAUUUAUAUACAUGUAUAGACAAUUGAAUUAUUUCACUAGUUCUAGUUAUAACUUUGAAAACUGUUUAUUUCCCUUGAAUAAUGUAACGCGAGCAAGUAUGCGACGUUUUUAGUCGCUUGAGUAUUAUUAAAGUAUACUUUACAAAAAUA